CUGUAUGUCUAGUUCGCACCGAAGCUUAUCAGGGUGAUUACAAGUCGAGCCCCUUUUGUUUCGAACAUUUUAAUGUUAGUUCUGUAACACUAUCAGUUGAUGGACACAGGAAGCAACUAUCCUAUGACUGGGAAAAUGAUCUGGGUAGAGCAAGCUACUACGAAUUCUUGUAUCAACUGAAUGAAAAACAUGUUGAGUUGAGUUAUGAAAAAUAUAAAAAAAAUUCCUUUAUCAUGCAUUGGAACUUGAGUGCUGACGAAAGUUUUGGUUCCUACUUUAAUCCAUUGCGGAAGGGCAAUUGCAGGAUUGAAAUGAAGUUUGCUAAGCCAUUACCUUGCGCAGUGUCGGUUAUACUUAUUAGUGAAGCACCCAAGAUUUUAUCAGUCGAUGGUGAUCUUGUUGUUCGAGUGGACUAAGCAUGAAUGUGUUUGAUCUGGAAUUAUUGUUUUCUCUGAACCAUGAAACUUUGAAUCUGUAUCGCGGGACCUUCGCAAUUGAUAUGGUACCAAGUUUAACGACAGAAGGGUUUAUAGUUAUCAAUACACACCCACACGACGGUCCAGGAGAACACUGGCUAUUGUACAUGAGAGACAGGAAUGACAAGUACAUCUAUGUGGACAGCUUUGGUCUACCACCGAUUGAAGAAGAGCUGCUAGAUCUACCUGUUGAUCAGUACUGCGAGAAAUGCAUUCAAAGCAUUUACAGCUCACACUGUGGACUUUUUGUUUGUUUCUUUGCUUCCCGCCUUUGUAAGAAUUACCAACUCAAGAGCAUUGUUUCCUUAUUUGACAAUAACCUUGUACACAAUGACCUCAAGAUAAUAAAAAUGAUUGAAGAGGAAUACCUCAUUUAAAGAAAAAUGUCUCAUUUUAUUUCUUCAAUGUACAGACCUCUUUCAGAUAGUCCUCCAGACUCGACACCUUGCGACAACCAUCUUUCUUGCGACGCACGAUGUAUUCCGAGUGUUGGAUGUAAAAGUUUCGAAUUAUUGGUCGCUUGAGUCCAGCAUUAAGUAUGGUUGGAGAGAUAUUGUCACCCUGACGAUAUCGUCGCAACAAGUCACACUUGAUGGCGACGAAGCGUUGGAGCCUCCGACUAAUCUUUCCUCGUUUCGUCCGCAUCGGAAACGGGAGAAUUUGCAUAAUGAGACGAAAAUCGGCCUCUGGCCCGUUGCAGUUCAGAUAGGAGUUUAAUUUCAUCAAAUCCUUGUACAUCAGCCAUUGUACCGUCAAAGCAAAUCGUUCACUGGGCUUCAUGGUUGAUCCGAGCUUGGAUGGCAACCGAGAUAAGGUCGGAUGUUAUUGUCUAGCCAAUGAGAUGGAUUCGAUGACCACAAUCCACCACAACGACAGCGUCGCAGAUGCUCAUCAUAUUGUAUAAAGAAAGUUCUGGGUGGUGGCUUCAAUGUCUUCACAAGAGGAAGAUCCCCCGUCAGGAGACAAUCAGAAUCUUAACAAAGAAUCACAUUUUUAGAGAGGGAAAAACGGGAAAACUUUCUAUACAUACAAUCGUCCUCGGAGACCGCGUAGCACUUCUGCGCUUCCAUCGUCGACUGUGAGGGGGAUGUUGAAAAGGAAUCCGAUGGAGAGGAUGUGCAUACUUUCCCUAUUGGUUGCGUUUUUCCUUAGUUUGCAAUUGGUUGUUUACUACAAAGACUUUUGCUACAUGUGGAUUUCUCUAGCCCACCAUCUUGUUGCUAAAAGUUGUUUAUACAAAGUAGGAGAGGAUGUGAUAUGAUAAUGAGGAUGCGUCAGCUUUAAAAAAUGAAGAUUUGGUUCCUAGAGCAUCACUUGGAAGCAAUAUGGCCAACGAUGGUGUUUUCUCCAGUUUUGAAGAUGAUGAUGAUAGUGUGUUCACGUCGAGCCCUGUGUUUUACUUCGAAGAUGCGCCUGAGUCGCCACCACCAAGCUAUGAAUCAGUUUGUGUGGUAUCAAAUGAAAAUGAUCACAGGGUACCACCACCAGACAGUGAGUAUAGUUAUAGAUCCUGUUUCCAUGUCUGAUCUUAAUUGCAAAUAUCUUUUAGAUGAUCAUCGGGUACCACCUCCUGACAGUGAGUAUAGUUAUAGAUCUCGUUACCAUGCUUGA